AUGGGAGAUCAAGCUGCUUUGUCUGGGGGCUUGCGCUUGAUCGAUGUGCGGCAGAUCUUGGACGUGUUUCUUGAACAAACAGAUUCGCAUCUAAGGGACCUGUCAGCCAACCUUGGAGCACAGGGAGACGAGGACAGGAAGCGUGCGCUCCUCCUGUUUCUGCACAAUACAAAGCAACGGCUCCUGCGGUUGCUCAUUGUUGUCAAAUGGGCCAACAAGGCGAGGGUGGUGGCAGAGGUGGGGCGUAUCCUGGAUGUGGCUGCGCGGCAGGCAAAUGCCUGCAGGGAUGCAGCAGACCAGUUGGCCUAUCUGCAUGGCGAGCUGGAGGACACUCGCGUGCCUGCCUACGAUGUGCCCACUGCCCUUGAGGAGUUGCGGCCGCCGCCGGCCCCACCGCCGGCUGUGCGUCGCGCCCGGCUGCGCCUCAUGGAUCAGAUUCUCCGCUCCACCCUGCUGCAGGAGAAGCUGCCAGCGGGAGUGACAGUGGCGAGUGUGGGUGGGGGAGUGACAAAGCUGCGCUGUGGGGACCUCUGGGAGGCACGGCUCACCCUUGAUGCAUCAGCGGGUGGGGCCGAAGGUGAGCCAGUCACGUCCCAUGAUGAGCCACAGAAAGCUACUGGUGCAGACUCUGCAUCCAAACACGCUAGCGCCAGCGAGCCUCAGAAUGCAGAUGCAGAGCCCAUGGAAGUGGAUGGGCAGCAAGCCCUAAACUCAGCAAUGGAGGCAGAGGUAGCAGGCGCAUCUGAGGAGAGCGAUGGCGGGCGAGUGCAGCCUGGUGGGGUGCUGGAUGAGAGGUUUAGGUGGCGAGUCCUGUCUGCAAAGGCAUUGCCUCAGUUCACCGUAACAGCCCUCAUGGCUCCACAGCAGUCCUCCCAGCUUCAGGGCGCCAUAGAGAUGAGGAUGUGGGCGGCCUUGGAUGCUGCAGAGGAGGUUGAGCGCAGGGAGGGACCUCAGAAGGAAAGUGCAUCAGAGAAACCUGAAUCUGGUAGCACUGAGCAGGGGCCUUCAGGCAGCAGCUUGCCUGGGGUGAAGGCUGAAACAAACGCGAAGCCAGAAGCCGCAGGAAAGAGUAGUGCAGCCCAGGAUAUGCCGCGGCAGGCGCCUCUGGAAAUUCUGCAUGGCGUCCUAAGGGAUGUGGGCAGCCGCCUGGUGCUUAAUCAGGCCGUCAUUUGGGCGCGCUCUGCAACAAAGGGCCCCAACGGCCGCUGGGCCAAGCUUCUGCGCAUAGAGCCUGCCAAGACCCUCUCCCUGGGCAUCAGGAUCUGCUACUGGCUCAACGUGCCCACAGUCACACCAGAGGACCUGAGGCGGCUGCAGCAGCCAGAAUCUGCACCGCCUCUCCCUAAGCCCACCCAACAGCCGCAGCAACACACACCGCCAGCCAUUGAGAUCGGCGUUGCGAAGAGCGGCGAGCCCUCAAUUGUGGCCCGCCCUGAGCUGGUGCAUGUGAUCCACUCGGUGGCUGUCCGAGCGGCCGGAGCUGCUGUGGCUCUCAGCAUGGACCUUGCCAGCCUGGAUGCUGAGCAGGUCCUGCUGCGAGCUGCGCAGGCAAACGCUGCCAUCCAGCUCGCCGCAAUAGAGGCCCUGCUCCAGCGCAGCGGCAAUCUCCAGGCCAACAAUGGCGCAAUCGCGCUGCAGCCGCCAGCGGCCGAUGGCGUUGCCUCCGGCGCGCUCCCGUCGCCUGUUUUGGAGCUCAGCUGCGACGGUGAGCCGCUGCUCAGCGUGAGCGUGCAGCUCCGCACCGGGCUGCUGCUGCUGCACUCCGGCGAUGGCGGCAGCGGCGGCUUCUUCAGCAACUUGGGCCAGGAGCUCGCCCCUCUGCUGCGCCAGGAGGGGGAGAGGCUGGCAGCGCUGCAGGCAGAGGCGCUCAAGCAGGUGCCUGCAGAGGGGCUUGGCACUGUGGGCGCGGCGGCCGCAGAUCGGCUGGCGCGCUCCAUAGAGUCGCUGUGGCUGAAUCUGAGCGUGCGCAGCCGAUACUCCCAGCUGCUCAGCGCCGCGCAGAGCCUCGGCCUGCACCGGGCCCAGAUCCCCCCCGCACUUCUCAAGGCAUACGCGGCGUCCAAUCCUUUGGCUCGCCUGCCGGCCAAGAAUGUGCUGGUCCUGGCAUUCCCUCCGGCACCUCCCAUGCCUUCACCUCCAGACACACUAGCAGGAGCGGAGGGUGCAAGCAGGCAGGAUCGGUUACUACGGCUGUUGGGGAAGGGCGGCGCCGGCGUGCAGCUGUACCUGCAGGCAGAGAUGUGCCGCGGUCUCCAGUGGCGAUACGGCCUGGUCUUUGCCAGCUGCGACGCGCGCAACACUCCCGUCAAGGUGCUGCAAGUCCUGCAAGUGCCGGUGGACUUGGAUUUGCGGCCCGCUUCAGGCGGCCAGGCCAGCAUCGGCGCGGCGCAAGUCGGCAGCACCGACAAGAGGUCGGCAGACAAUGCAACAUCCGACGCGCAAACACCAUCAGGGCAGCAGCCUGAACAGGCAACAGCCAGGGGCGGUGAAGAAAACGCAAGGGAAAAUGGGCAUGUAGAGGCGGACGGAGCGGCAGGGACGGAUGCGCGCGAUCAGGCGCAGUGGGGGCUGAGGCAUGCGGCGGAGCUUGGUGAGGUGGUCAGGUGGUGCGCUCCCAGGAUCGCCUGGGAGCUGCUGCGGCUGCAGCUCAAGGUGCUUGGCAUUAGCUACACAGAGGAGGUGUGCCUGGCAGAGCUGCCUGCUGCGGCGUGUGCUCUUAUGGCCAACGGGCAGGUCCCACUCAAAGCCAAGACCUCUGCUGCCACAGCCGCCUCGGGCGCCCUGCAAAAAUGCCUGCGCCUGCAUGGACUGCACUCCCUUAAGUUGCUGGAUCAUACCAAUGGUGUGAGCGGCCCAACAGGGGUGCUGCUGCGGGUGUUCCCUGACUUGCAGCUGGGCCAGAGCGCUUGGUCUGUGACAGUGCAGAGCGCCUACUUUGGCGGCCUGCCAGCCAGCUGCGCUGCAUGCUCUGUCCAAGCUGACGCCGACUGCGGCGCCCAACACAUCUCCCAGACAAUGCAUGGUCUCACCCUUGCCUACAGCUUUGCAACAGGGGGCACGGUGGAGCGCGCAACAGGAGAUCUGCGGCGCCUGAUCAGGCUGCACCUUGCACUUGCGCGCAUCGCGGCCCUCAUGCGCGCGGCAGCCGGCACUGAUUCAGCCGCCCUCGGCGAUUUCCAACCCUCCACAAACUCCUCUGAUAAAACUGCACCCAGCCAGCGGCAUGAUGCCCUGGCCAAUGGCAACGUGGCAAAGCACAGCCCAGGCAUCUCAGCACCAGCACAGGCAUGCAACAGCAGCAUAGACAGCAAGACAGGUAUUGCAAGCACGGCAGGGCAUGACUCGCGUUUUGCAUCGCUGACGUGGCAGGCCCAGCAGGGCAGCGGCGUUGUCUCCGUCUCGGCAGUCUCUGCAGACCGCGCAGUUCUCCUGAUCACUGCUCCCACAGAUGUGGCAGAGGCCUCGGGCAACAGAACAGUUGUCGCAGAUGGGGUCAGCGAUGCUGUUCCAAAGCAGCACAGCUCGCUGCCACAACUUCGUGUCACCAUGGAGUGGGUGGCGGUCAAGGGGAGCUCGGCAGCGCGCUCUAGUGCAGGUGCAGAGUUUGGAGGCGGCAGAAUGACAGCGCAAGAAGCAGGGUCCAACGGGAUCAGGUGCCGCAUGUCGUCUGCUCCCGCGCUGCUUGCCCCGGUGCUGCAGGCCUUCGCGGACAUGGCAGAUGCUGGAGAGGAAGAGCUUCUGCUGGACGCGCUGUCUCUGUGCGGCUGCGCGCUCGCCACGCUGGCGGCUGAGUUGGCGCCCGAGGCCUUACGAAACGCCGGCCUCCUGCCAGAAGAGGUCUCUAUGGAUGCGGCUGUUGCCCCUUACAAGCUGCGCCUGUGCAUUUCGCAGGCGCCGGAUGCGCAGCUGACAGUUGGGAUGCAUCUGCUAGCAAGCGGCCUGAUCUGGCUGGCCCCGUCAGCCAGCCAGGAGCAUGUGCGCGCUGAUCUAGUGGACCGGCUGAGCCGCCUUCCUGAGGCGUUCCUGCCCGAUGCUCCUGAGACAGCAGCCUCUGAUCAGGAGAGUGGGGAAUCGAAGAGGAGGGGUCCUCAGACAGCGCCGUCAGUGCUGGACUCAGCCAUGGAGAUCGACGGUGUCGCAUCCCCGCCACUGGAGGCUCCAGCGGGCAGGAGCCCAGCAGCUGCAGGUCUGUGGGUGCGCGUCAAAACGCUGCCAGCAGCUCUGCGCAUGGUGCUGAAAGUCGCAGCAGAGAUGGCUUGA